AUGGGAGGAAUCGGCAGCUGUGAGUGGCUGGCAAGAUUGGAUGAUUGGCGAUGUUACCAGGCGAGCAGCGUGGGAGACUCAGACGAGAAAGCUGGGCGAGAUCCCGAAUGCCACACGGGCGGUAGAGGUGUCGUUGCGUUGCACGUCUCAUGCUGUGCUCGUGUCGGUGGUGUCACUGGUGUGUCCAAGUUCCAAGUACCAUAUUGCUACAGCCAGGUAUAUUGCUGCAGGAUUGUGCAGACCAGGAACUUGGUGUGCAGUCGAGCUGUCCAUCUGUCUGUCUGCUGGUCUGCCUUGCCUGGCUACUCGUCUCUAUUGCCUGAGCUCUCUCUUACGCAGUCGACUAUCAUAACUGAGAACCUUGGUGAUGUGGGCCGUGGACAUGGAUGGACAUGUCACAUCUGGGCUGUUGUUGGGUUUCCUAGCACUGGUGCCAUACUGUCAGUUUUUUAG